CAUUGAUGUCAAAGACUUUGCUAACCAGCCCAUGGAAAUCCAAAAUAAUUAUUUACAAUAAUUCACUUAAAAUUACGCUGAUAUUGCAAUAAUUAGCCCACAACCAUGGGACUCAACGAGGAAUGUAUUGUUUACUUAAUACUGCUAUUUUCAUGGGCAGAAUAUUUGUGGGAGUUGUAUUUGUCAUUGCGGCAGUUAAAAAUCUACAAAACCAACAACACUAUUCCUGAGGACUUGAAGGAGAUGUUAAAUGAAGAAUCGUUCAAGAAAGCUCGUCUGUAUGGUAUUGACAAGUCGCAGUUCAAGAUCGUAAAGGAAUUUUAUAGUAUAGUAUUAACAUCCGUAAUACUUUAUCGACGGUGGAUUGCUGUAGCAUGGUUUGAAUCGGAGAAUAUUUCAAAAUCCCUCUAUGUAUCACCGGACAGAGAAAUAUUUGUGACUUGUGUCUUUAUGACCAUUGUGACACUGUUUAACUAUGUUAUAAAUUUGCCCUUUAAGAUUUAUGGCACAUUUGUACUUGAGCAGAAGCAUGGUUUUAAUAAGCAGACAGUAGGAUUCUUUAUUAAGGACCAAUUUAAAUCUUUGGUUCUGAGUCUCAUCAUUACCAUUCCAUUAGUAUCUAUUGCGAUUUAUAUUAUCAUGGUAGGAGGAGAUAUGUUUGUUGUUUAUCUUUGGUUGUUUACUACUGUGGUUUCUUUAUUACUUUUGAUGCUGUACCCCACUGUUAUUGCUCCUCUGUUUGACAAGUUUGUGCCUCUGCCCGAGGGUUCUCUUAGGAAAGGCAUUGAGGAACUAGCAUCAAAGCUUAAGUUCCCACUCUCACAAGUUUACAUAGUAGAGGGAUCUAAAAGGUCUGCACACAGCAAUGCAUAUUUCGGUGGCCUUUUUGGUUCAAAAAGAAUUGUACUCUUUGAUACAUUGCUAGAAAAGUAUGAUGAAGAGAAAAAAACUUUGACUGGAUGUAAAGACAAUGAAAUUCUAGGAAUUCUAGCUCAUGAAUUGGGACACUGGAGUUGCAACCAUUUGACAAAGAACAUAGCUUUGACUGAACUUAAUUUGUUGCUGUUAUUCUCUGCUUUUGGUGCACUUUUUAAGUAUUCGUUGUUGUAUACUGCUCUUGGGUUUCCAGCAGGUCAAAAGCCUAUCAUUAUUGGUUUAAUUGUGGUUUUACAAAUGAUACUUGCCCCAUACAAUUCAAUUUUAUCCUUCUUCUUAACAGCAUUGUCUAGAAAACACGAAUUUGAGGCUGACAACUUUGCUGUGUCUUUGAAUUACCCCAGAGAACUCAGGUCCGCACUCAUAAAGCUUGGUAAAGACAAUCUGGACUACCCAAUCUAUGAUAAGCUAUACUCAGCAUGGUACCAUUCUCAUCCUACUUUGUUACAAAGAAUAGAUAAUAUUAAUAACCAAUUAGUUGAUGAUAAGAAACAGAACUAAGUAAUUCCAAUAUGCAUUUACAACAACCACAUUUUGAAUAAGUACAUUUUUGUAUACCUGUUAUUUAAUAAUGGUAAAACUAUUGGUCAUAUUUGGCCAAACACACACUGCAUUUAUUUUAUAAUCAUAGUAUUCUAAUACAUAACAUGGCUAAUGUAUAUGGGCCAAAUGAAAUGCCAUAUUUACAAUAUAUAUUAUGUUUUUCCUUAUACAUAAAACUAACCUACUUUAUCAAGUGUCUUUUCAUAUUAAGUUUCUUUUUAUAGAAAACAACACAUGCAUUAGGCUACUGCAUUUUCGUGUAAACUUCUCGGAUGGACUAGCUUUUACCUUAAUUAUGUAAUGUAGACCUAUUUUUACUGUAAAAAAUUUUACCUGCACGAAAAUCCUAUGACUUAUCUUGUUGCCAAACCCCAGGAGGCUGUUUUAUAAAUUUAAUAUUUGUAUUCUAACUGUUUUCAACUCUAUAGUCUGACAAAAAAAGAGUAGCAAAUAUACUAAUAUAUAACAAAGUGGCAAUACUGUGGUGUAGUGUCGUCCCUUUCAAAUCAAUCUAUAUAAGAAAACGGGACCACCUACAGAAUUGCCACUUUUUAGGGUUCCGUACCCAAAGGGUAAAACGGGACCCUAUUACUAAGACUUCGCUGUCCGUCCGUCCGUCUGUCACCAGGCUGCAUCUCACGAACCGUGAUAGCUAGACAGUUGAAAUUUUCACAGAUGAUGUAUUUCUGUUGCCACUAUAACAACAAAUAUUAAAAAUAGAAUAAAAUAAAGAUUUAAGUGGGGCUCCCAUACAACAAACGUGAUUUUUGACCAAAGUUAAGCAACGGCGGGCGGGGUCAGUACUUGGAUGGAUAACCGUUUUUUUUGCCGUUUUUUGCAUUAUGGUACGGACUUUUUUGUCAGACUAUAAAUUUGCUAGAAUGACCUUUCUGCUUGUGGUAUAGGUUACAAAUGUUUGUAAAAUAGCCUCAGGUUCACACUUGGACAUGUUUUCGCAAACAUUACUUAAGAAUUUUGUCGUUUAGAAUAAGGUUUUAAUGUUGUAAUGAAAAUAACUUUCUAUAAAACCAGUAAGUACUAUUUUGCAUGUACAUUAACCAUUACUGUAUUUUAAUUUUCAAUGUAGGUGAAAACCUGUGGCCUAUUUUAUAAAUUUACAAGUUACAAUUUACAAGCGGAAGUCUCUUUCCAACCCUAUGUGUUAGAACGAGACUUCCGCUUGUAAAUUGUAACUUGUAGCUUUAUAAAAUAGGCCACUGCAAGUUGAGUAAAGUCCAGUAGCUACUUGAGGCUACAGAAAGAUGACAAUUGUAAUAGGAAUAAGUAAUGUAACACUAUGGUCUAACUGUAAAUAAUCACUAGAGUUUGCCGGAAAGAAAAGAAUUUAAUUUUCUAUAGAUAUCUAUUGUGUUCGACCGAAGUUUCGGUUUCGGCAUAAAAUAUAUGUUUCGGCCGAAAGUUCGGUUAGGUUUCAAAUUUUCAUCGCAUUUUCUUUAGUAGCGAAAGUUAACACACAAAAACUCCGUAGCCGCCACCGCUAGGCGGCCGCCUCUGCCCAUGCCGUACACAGUAAAGCUGAGUGGCUACCGCGAAAACCGAAAUUCGCAAAUUGCGAGGAUCUUUCUCUUUUAUUCCAAUGAAGGCGUAAUUAGAGUGACAGGGAAAAAUCCCCGCAAUUUGCGAACUUCGAUUUUCGCGGUUAUAGCCCUGAAGCCUUGUUCGGACUAGGCUAGUAUUUUAGUCUAGUGGCGAGUAAUUUAGUAGCUAAACGUGUCUGAACACCAAAAAAUUAGUCGAGUGGAUUAGUAAGUAAUUUAGUCGAGUCAAUCCAUUUUAUUCUAUUUUUUUUAGUAGUUUAGUAGCGAGUAGCACCACCCACCACGCGUCCGU